AGAGCCGGCGGCCGGGCUGCCUGUUCAGUCCGGGUGCGGGGCGGUAGCCUGGGAGGCCUGAGUUUAAUCCCUGCGCCGCCCGCCCACCGGGGGCUCCACUGCCCUUGCCUCGGCCUCACUAGCCCGCCAGCCCAAGUCGGCGGCUCCUCCGCGAGUUCGCCGGGAACUCGUGCCCCUCGCUUUCCCCGGCGCCCAAGGGGGCCGCUUCGGGCCAUGGUGCGCUCCCAGGAGGAGCCCGCCGCUGCGCGGGGAACGAGCGAGGCGCAGCCGGCCGGCCCCGCGCCCCUGGGGGCCGCUCCGUUGCCUGGCUCGGGACCCUUGGACGGCCCGGAGGCAGUGGCGGCGGAGAAGGUGGAGGUAGAGCUGGUGGGGCCGGCGGGCGCCGAGCCCCCUGAACCCCCUGAGGGCGGCUGGGGCUGGGUGGUGAUGCUGGCAGCCAUGUGGUGCAACGGGUCGGUGUUCGGUUUCCAGAACGCCUGCGGGGUGCUCUUCGUGUCUAUGCUGAAGACCUUCGGGUCCAAGGACGAUGACAAGAUGGUCUUCAAGACAGCUUGGGUAAAUUCCCUCUCCAUGGGGAUGAUUUUCUUUUGCUGCCCAAUAGUCAGCGUCUUCACAGACAUGUUUGGUUGUCGGAAAACAGCUGUCGUGGGUGCUGCUGUUGGAUUUGUUGGACUCAUGUCAAGUUCUUUUGUAAGCUCCAUAGAGCCUCUGUACCUUACCUAUGGCAUUAUAUUUGCCUGCGGCUGCUCCUUUGCCUACCAGCCUUCGUUGGUCAUCCUGGGCCACUAUUUCAAGAAGCGCCUUGGGCUCGUGAAUGGCAUCGUCACCGCUGGCAGCAGCAUCUUCACAAUUUUGCUGCCUUUCCUUUUACGGGUCCUGACUGACAGCAUGGGGCUCUUCCACACACUGAGGGCCCUCUGCGUCUUCAUGUUUGUUCUCUUUCUGGCCGGCUUUACCUACCGACCUCUGGCUUCCAGCACCAAAGAAAAAGAGGGAACCAAAGGAGGAAACAGAGCUGCCCUCUUUUCCAGGAGAAAGUUCAGCCCUCCAAAAAAAAUUUUCAACUUUGCCAUCUUCAGGGUGACAGCAUAUGCCGUGUGGGCAAUAGGAAUACCACUUGCUCUUUUUGGAUAUUUCGUGCCUUACGUUCACUUGAUGAAACAUAUGAAUGACAGGUUUCAAGAUGAGAAGAAUAAAGAGGUGGUUCUCAUGUGCAUUGGUAUCACUUCCGGAGUCGGACGGCUGCUUUUCGGCCGGAUUGCUGAUUAUGUGCCUGGCGUGAAGAAAGUUUAUCUACAGGUCCUCUCCUUUUUUUUCAUUGGUCUGAUGUCCAUGAUGAUUCCGCUGUGCAGCAUCUUUGGGGCCCUCAUUGCUGUCUGUCUCAUCAUGGGUCUCUUCGAUGGAUGCUUCAUUUCCAUUAUGGCGCCCAUUGCCUUCGAGUUAGUUGGUGCCCAGGAUGUCUCCCAAGCCAUUGGAUUUCUGCUCGGAUUCAUGUCUAUACCCAUGACUGUGGGCCCACCCAUUGCAGGGUUACUCCGUGACAAGUUGGGCUCCUAUGAUGUGGCAUUCUACCUCGCUGGGAUCCCUCCCAUUAUUGGAGGUGUUGUCCUUUGUUUCAUCCCUUGGCUCCAUAUUAAGAAGCAAAGAGAGAUCAGUAAAACCGCUGGAGAAGAAAAGAUGGAGAAAAUGUUGGAGAACCAGAAUUCUCUGCUGUCAAGCUCAUCUGGAAUCUUUAAGAAAGAAUCUGACUCUGUUAUUUAAUGUCUUAUAUACCUCCACCAGACUGGACUUGCUUUCAGAAGUUUAAGCAAGUUUUCCUUUUAUAUGAAUGGCAAAUUUCUUAUUUUUUUAAUCACAUCCUAGGAAUAGCACAAUAAUUGGGAACUGGAACCCUUAUUUACUACAAGAACCAUUUUCUGCUACUGAAUAGCUGUCCCAUAUUUCCGUGAGUCUGAGGGCAGAGACUCAGUUUUCAUGGACAAGAAAACACGUCUCAAAGUCAAAUAUUGCAAGAAUAUGAAGCUAUCUCAGUAAAAGCAACUUUGGAAACUGUGAACGCUAUUUAGCUUGUACAAAUAUUUAAAAAUACCUCAAGCUAUAUUGAAAGGGUUGUGAUUCGAUUAGGGCUGGGUAUAUUGUUUGUUAUCUCACAUGGUGUUUUUAUUUUUGGUGUUUGUUUUAAUUUCUUCUGCUAUUUGGAAACUUCUUAAGCUUGGAUUCUAGAUAAUAGCAGAUCUACUUCCGUCUCAAGUCUAUGUUAAAAUAAGCUAUGGAAUUAUUAAGUUAUUCCAUCUUGCUCCAGUGUCAAGAGACCUUCCUGGAGCAGGUGCUAACAGUAUAUUCAGAAUCAGUAUGUGCAGAUGAACAGGAUCCUGCUCUUAAGGGCAGAUCAGGUCAGAAACCAGACAUUUCUCCCAUUGACAAUUUUUCCCCUUCAGGUUUGCAGUGUGUUCUAUUCAAGUAACCAGAAACACCCCAAAUUUCUGAAUUUGUUUAAAUUAUAACAAUAAAGUAAAACAGAAUAAUUAAAAGAUAGUCUGGCAAUUUUAACUUAGAUUUUUUCUGACUUCUGAAUUCGUUGCGCUAGGACCUGAUAUUUAAACAAAGUCUUGGGAGUUCCCGUCAUGGCUCAGUGGUUAUUGAAUCUGAGUAGGAACCAUGAGGUUGUGGGUUUGAUCCCUGGCCUUGCUCAGUGGGUUAAGGAUCUGGCGUUGCCAUGAGCUGUGGUGUAGGUCGCAGAAGUGGCUCAGAUCCUGAGUUGCUGUGGCUCUGGCGUAGGCUGGUGGCUACAGCUCCAAUUUGACCCCUAGCCUGGGAACCUCCAUAUGCCGAGGGAGCGGCCCUAGAAAAGGCAAAAAGACAAUAAAUAAACAAACAAACAAAGUCUUACCAAACAUGUUACCAAGUUGCAGUUUUAGGCACAAAUGGGAAAAAGAAAAAACCAUCUCUGAAGAAAAUAUCUAUUUCUGACGAGAUCAGGCACAUUCAUGGUGAUGGCUCUAGAUGAAAACAUCAAUUUCUGAAAGAAUUACUCUAAUUGGUUUAUGAAAAUAAUGGGUUUUAAAAGGUUAAAAGCAUGUAUAAAGCUAAACAAUUCCUGCAUUUCCAAAACUUCAUGGCAAAAGCUUACACUUGUAUGUAUUUAUCCUAGUGUGUCCCCCGCCACUAACAUUCCCUGUAUUUUUUCCUAUUUAUGCAAAGACAAAUGUACAAAAGCUCUUAGAGUUUUAAGAUUUAAUUAAAACUGAAGUCAUGCCAUGAUCCAUACUCAUCUAAAAAACAAAAUGAACAUUUCCCUUAUCCCUCAAAUUAUAUUCUAGUACAUUUUUGUUUCUUAUUUAGGCCUUUAAAAGUUAAUAAUAUGCAAAGCUGGAGUUCCUGUCAUGGCUCAGUGGUUAGCGAACCCGACUAGCAUCCAUGAGGACAUGGGGUCGAUCCCUGGCCUCGCCCAGUGGCUUAAGGAUCCGGCAUUGCCUUGAGCUGUGGUGUAGGUCACAGAUGAGGCUGUGACUGUGGCAUAGGCUGGUGACUUCAGCUCUGUUUAGACCCCUAGCCUGGGAACCUCCAUGUGCUGUGGGUGCAGCCCUAAAAAGAAAAAAAGACCAUAUAUAUAUACAUACAUAUAUGUAUGUAUAUAUAUAUGCAAAGCAUAUUUAAACCCUAAAUAUAGAUGUAUAACAAAUCUUCCUCAAAUGUAGCUUGUUUACCUCGGAAAAAUGUUGUCUUUUUCUAAAUUCUCUGUACAAGAGCGAGAGAGAACUGUAACCUGUUGUCUCCCUGCUUUUCAUUUCAGCUUUGAUCCUUUGUGAAAAGCAGGGUCCUUCCAUUUCUUGUCUCUAGCUGAGGACAGAGACGCCUGGAAAGCAGAUGGAUUCCUAGCUGUUGAUGGGGGAGGGGGCAAGCAGAGGGAGAGGGAAACGAGGCUGUUAAACAACAGCCAGAAAACCUAGAACUUUUCCUUUCAGCAUUAGCUUUGCUAUCUACAACUUCAAAGGUUCAAAAUAUAAAUGCUAAAUGUGGAAUUUAUUUGUAAUAGGCAUUUCCACCCCCACCCCAAUGGCAGGAGGAAGUUCCCGGGCCAGGAACAGAACCUGCGCCACAGCAGUGAUAAUGCUGCUACUAGGCCACCAGGGAACUCAUUAAAUAAUUCUGAUGGUGAAGACAUUCAGCAACCUAUUCUGCCAUAUACACAGGUGCAACUUAUUACUUCCACAUUUCAUAUUCAGGGGACUUGGAUAAUGUAGUUUUUUUUUUUUUAAAGUUCUGUUGCAUUAAAAAAGAAAUACAUUUGAUCAUACUGCCUUUUCAUGUUCUUAUUUUAAGCUUCUACAAAAUGAUUUAGAAAUGAUAAUGUGAUAUCAGGUUCUUCAUUUAUUCGUGCCCAGUUAUACAAAACAUUAUUUCCUCAUUAUUAUUAGUGCUUUUGCGAUUAGCACGAAUAUACAAUUAAGAGCAAUUAUCAAACCUGCUAUUAUAUUUUCUUCUACAGUUUCAGCACAAACUUCUCACUCUCCACCACCCCCCCAAUUUUACAGAGGAAUUGGAUCUAAAGUAGAAAAUUUAUUCUGUAAAGACCUCCAAAAUGUUUUUUCUUUCAAAAUGUGGCAGAUUUUAGAGGGGAAAAAAAGUAGUAAUAUGAAACUCAGACUUGAUCUUGCCUUGUUAUUUUCCCAUCAUAAAAGAGCAAUGUGACAAGUAUUUAUAAUAAAACAAAGAUCUCAGAAUAUUGUGUUCUGUAUAAUACUACAUAUAUGCAGUUUUCAGUCUAAUGGAAAGAAAUAGGAUCUAUAGCACUGAAAAAGCUUCACUAAAAUAGACUUAUGGAGAGGGCUGUGCUAUAAUAAUAUAAGGUUUAAAAGCUAAAUCCCAUAAAAUAAAUAUUUAGUAAUAUGUGUGGUACAAGUUCUAAAAGUCUAAAAUGUACAAAUGAUGAAAAUACAAAAAAACUAACAUUCACAAAGGUUUUAGACCAAGAAGUAUUACUCAAAUCUUUCAAAGUAAACCCUUUCUGAUUUCUGAACAGAGUAUUAUUAUUGCAGUUAAGUGACCUGAUGGGCCUACAUUUUUUAAUUCAAUUGAAGACAUUUUUUUGAGAGGAAAAGAAUAGAGACAGAAUUCUGCUUUCUUAUCUCAUCAUCCUAAUUCCGAUAGGACUCAUCAAAUUCUCCAAAGCUUUGGCCAUUGAGUCCAACAUAAGAAGAGGAGCAAUUAUUCCUCUUUCUAGAAAGUCUACACUGGAUACUAUUGGAACAGAUGCUCAGGGAUUUUCCAGAAACAUCUUGGUUAUAUUUUUAUUGCAGUGGAUAUUGUUGGGAUGCAUCCAUUUCAGUAACAAUAAACUACCCAGAUGACUGAUACUAUAUUCAAAAUUUAUAAAUCCUCAUAAAUCAUCAAUACUUUAUAGCUCUGCCAUAAGACUUGUAAUUUCCACAGAAAAUUGUAUAGUGCUUCUAUUAGGCUUCAAAUUCAAUUCAUAAACAGAAAUAAGACUUCAUUUGCAUUCCAUGAACAUAUGCUAUCUGCUAAUACAUGUUCGCAGUCGAUCCCGUGCCCUAGUAUGGAAAAACUUUUAAUACUAUUAGCUUCAACUUCCUACACUUUUAAAGUCAAUGUACACUUAGUUGUAAGGUAAACAUAUGCUUACUUCUGGUAAUCUAAUCCUUUUAACUGCACUUAAGAACCUUUUAUUUUGUGCCACUGUUAUUUGUAAACUGUCUCACAUCCAGAUGACUCUGAUGUUAAGUCAAUAGAAGACCGAAUAGAAAAUGUGGUGCGAGAUACGAGUAGGCAACCUGUGGCAGGGGUGGCUCUGAGGACCUCUGGUGGUGCACGUUCAUACCCUUUCCUAUGCCUCUUUUUUCUUACUCUUUUCCUAUUGUCUUUAUCAUUCUUUUUCCCUUUACUUCCCCACGUCCUUCUAAAACCUUCUAGAGAGUUUUUAUGUCCUUAACAUCCUUGCUUCGUUCCUCUGGUUGCUUAGCUGCACUACUUACUGGUCCCUGUGGUUUCAGAGGAUGGAGCCCCAUCCCAUUUUGUGUAACCUGGAGAAUGGCUUGCUCUCAGCUUUCAACUUAGGAGUUCUAAAGGUACACAGAAAAAAAGUUUUACUUAUGUGCCUAAAAUUGGGGGAGGGGAAUAAGUUUCAUAUAAAUGUCAUCUUUUGUGCUAACAUCUAAAACUUCAUUUAAAUGUUUAAGGUAAAUGCUUUAAGAGAAAAGACCGUCCGGUUCUUAAUGUAAGGAUUUUCAGAGAGCAUUUUUUUUUUUUUUUUUACUUUGGUUUUCCUAUUCCAUUCGAGUUUUGCUCAAUCUUAGUCCUGAGUGCACACCCUGGAGAAAGAAGGCUUUGGAAUGCAGAGGGCCUCUGGGGUGCGGUUCCUAAUGAACCUGCCUUAGGCUGGAUUAUACUUUAUGGCAGAUGGUAUGUAACUUCCCAGAGUCUAGAGAUACAAGUGGAAAGUAUAAGCCAAUUAGCUCCAAUUUUUAAAUAUGUGAGUAAUUUAAAUAAGUAUUUAAAACUCUUUGGAAAAUUUCUAACUCUGAAAACAUCAUUGUUGCCGGCAUAAACAUUAAGGAGCAAAGAAUUACACGGUGGAGAAAGGCAACACACAGCUCCCGGGUUCACUGUAAUGUGGUAGUCAGAGCCAUGGUUAUUGCUUUAUUUGUUAGCAGAGAGACUAAUGCUUUAUUUUAUACUCUAUAGGUGAUAGGUUACAGUUUUCAAGAAUAAAGGGCCAAAUGCCCACAGCUAAAUGUGAAACCUGCACACAACUUAUAAUUAUUGAACUACCACACAUAUGGAUUUUAUAAGACUCCUCAGACAAAUAAAGACCCAUGAAAUAAUUCAUUGCCACAUCUCUGAAUCACUCAAAACUUGGGACGUAGUAGUUUAUCUUGUCCUUUUAUAAAUUACUAAUGAAGUUCCCAUUGUGGCUCAGCAGGUUAGGAACCCAACUAGUAUCCAUAAGGAUGCAGGUUCGAUCCCUGGCCUCCCUCAGUGGGUUAAUGAUCCGGCAUUGCCCUGAGCUGUGGUGACAGUCCCAGAUUCAGCUCAGAUCCUGCGUUGCUGUGGCUGUGGUGUAGGCUGGCAGCUGUAGCUCUAAUUUGACCCCUAGGCUGGGAACUUCCAUAUGCAGAGGGUGCGACUAAAAAAAAAAAGAAAAAAAGCAAAAAUAAAAUAACAAAAAUUAUGAAUAUUUUGAAAGUAAACAUUAAUCAUCUUGGCCUCUACACAUUCAACAAAAUCCACUAUGGUACUUUUUUUUGACAGCUAUAAAAUAAUAAAGGAGGAUACCUCAUUUAUAAAACAGGAUUCCCAUUUUUUUAUUAGUAUCGUGAAAAGAUAUUGAGAAUGAAAUAAAACCUUUCUAAGUGCUUAAUCAUGAUGCUCACUUGAUCAUGGCAGUUCACCUACCUGGCUUUCAGUGUCCAACUAAAAGCCCAAGUUAAUCAUUCUUGCUUAAUCACAAGUGAAUUAACGGUGUUUCUGGGAUUAAAAGACAAGGGGAGUACAAGCUAAGGGGGUCAAAAUAUCAGGAAUCAUUCUUUGGUACUUUGUUCUUUUUUUUUUUUUUUUUUUUUUUGCCUUUUUGCCUUUUUUAGGGCUGCUCCCACGGCAUAUGGAGGUUCCCAGGCUAGGGGUCGAAUCGGAGCUGUAGCCACUGGCCUACACCAGAGACACAGCAACUCAGGAUCUGAGCCAUGUCUGCAACCUACACCACAGCUCACGGCAAUGCCGGAUCCUUAACCCACUGAGCAAGGCCAGGGAUCGAACCCGAAACCUCAUGGUUCCUAGUUGGAUUCGUCAACCAUUGCGCCACAACAGGAACUCCUGGUACUUUGUUCUGAUAGAUGGAUUUGAAAGCAACAAAGAUGAAAUAUUAGAGUUAAUGUAAUUAAUGUGUGGCCUACGAUCUGAAAAAGGAAAAUUGUGAAGACAUUUAUCAUCUAUAUACAAUAAUGAACACUCACUAAUAUGCUUCACCAGUGGCUUUUCAAAUUACCCUGGCAGUUAGAUGAUGAGGUCUUGUUUCAUUUGUAUAUUCUUUAGCAGGAAGAUGGAUGAUCUCUGACAAUAGAUUGUCUGCAUGUGCCUUAACCUUACAGCUUACAUGUUCAACUCCUGUAACAGGCACCCUUUCCCUAAUGGAACAGGGACUGUGGCAGUGAAUUUCUGUCUUGCUAGAGUGUUUGAAAAUGCUGUUGUUAAGUGUGGCAGUAAUAUAGGAAUUAAUCCACAAAUUCCCAGUCUAUUCUGAGAUGUUUCUAGCCUUUCCCUAAGGGUGCUUUAAUAAGAGUAUUUUGAAAUUGAAUGUCACUAAGCAUGUGCGUGAUGUCACUAUCAAUAUAAAAUAACAUUUAGAAAUCAAAUUAUAUCUGUGAUGCUAUUUUGGAGCCUCUGAUAUAUGACAUUUAUUCUUCACUGAAUAAUAUUUUUCAGUAUCUGUCAGUUGUUAGAAGAGUCAGUUUGUUAAAUGUGUGUGUAAACAUAUAAACCUUUGUUUUUAUUGUGAUUUUCCCUAAAUGCAAUUUUCUAUAGUAUGUUCCAAUAUGCUAGAAAGUAAUGGGUCAACUUAUCUUCCAUAAUUCACCCUAUAUUGGAAUAUUAUUUUAGGGACCCAGGGUUUGUUAUCAGAGUGUUGUAUUUUGACCCCAGGCUGUGAACAGACUGAUGCCUUUUUUUUUCCCCCUACAGAGAAAGGUUAGACCAAAAUUGGUGCUAGCUAAAUUUCACAUUCCUUGCAAAACUAUUUUUUCUUUUAUAUAUAUAACACAACAGGAAAUCUGUAGAUCUAUUAGUUUUAUGCAUGUUGCCGAGGGAGAAAAUCUUCCAUAAAGCAAAUUAUUGAGUUUGGUUAUCUACUUAGAGGUAUCUAAUUUGUGUCAGUACAUAAGGUGUUGCAGUGUGAAACUUAAAAAGAUCACCAAAUGAAAACUUGAUGAACGCAGUCCCCCAAAGGAAUGACUUUAAAGAAAAAGUCCUUCAUCAAUGUUUCUAGCACCAAGUUAGCUAUUCAAAGUAUUCUGUAACUCUGAGGGUAUGUGAAAAAGAUGUUAUGUAUAUUUUAUAUUUACAUAAACAUAUAUACACAAACUAGCUUUCUAUUUGAGCCUGUUUAAAUAGAUACUUUAAGCUAUUCUUCAGACUAGGAUUGGAGUUUGGGGAGUCAUCAAUCUUAGAACCUGGAUAAUGAGUUACAUUUUUUUUAAAAAAUGGACACUGAAAGUAUCAUUGCUCACCUUUCAGAUUUAACACAAAAAGUUAAAUAAGUAAGGACUACAUUUAGGUCAGUGUCAGCACAUCUCAGACCUACCAUUAUCAAGGGCUCUCGGCAUCAUGGUUGUGGCUGACUCUAACACACGCCUAAAGCUCAACCCAAAUUCCACGUGGGUCUCUUGAGUCCCUACCUGUGAGUAAGAUGCACAAGAAGUAGGGACCACAGGUUUUUAUUUAACUUGGCUGUCUCUGUAGACUUUGCCUUAACACUAUUUGAUAAGGACUUUAUAAAUUAGGAAAACAGGAGUUCCCGUCGUGGUGCAGUGGUUAACAAAUCCGACUAGGAACCAUGAGGUUGCGGGUUCGGUCCCUGCCCUUGCUCAGUGGGUUAACGAUCCAGAGUUGCCGUGAGCUGUGGUGUAGGUUGCAGAGCGGCUUGUAUCCUGUGUUGCUGUGGCUCUGGCGUAGGCCAGUGGCUACAGCUCCGAUAUGACCCCUAGCCCGGGAACCUCCAUAUGCUGCAAGAGCGGCCCAAGAAAUUGCAAAAUGACAAAAAAAAAAAAAAAAAUUAGGAAAACAAUACACACUAUGAUUUUCCUAAUUAGGAAAUCCAUACAUUUAGAAUCUACUAGAGUACACGGGGUUCUCUGUUAAUUAAUGAUAAUUCCAUCCCACUGUUAACAUGACUUGUAUGUGGAAGGGAGAAUGGGACUUGUUAGAAGUUAUAGAAAGUAAAAUUAAAUAUCCCUUUGGUAACAAUUUCUCAUGUAACUGUUAAAAUAUUAUGGUUUGAGAAAUGGUAAGAUUAUAAAGGCAUUGCACAGUGGUUGAUCAGUUUGCAUUUUGUCAUUUUUUUUUUUGUUCUCCUACAAGUUUAUUUUAGCCUGAUGGUUAUAGCUACGACAAACUGAACCCUGCAAUAUUAUCGAGAGAGAGCUUGGAUAUUUUAAGUAUCUCCUGUAUUUUUCAUGUCAGCUUCUUGUAUUUUAAUGUUUAUCUGAAAAGUAACUUUUAAAUUAUUUUGCAUAUUUUCAAAGUUAGAAAAGCAUGUUUAUCUUAGACAUCAAAACCAAAUUAUUCCAAGAGCACGCUGCACAUCACAGUGUGACUGCUUCUCGAUCUACCUACACAGGAUGCCAUUUUGGGCACAGUAGUUGUUAAAUAUAGAUCACUAUGUGACAUAAUUAUGCUGGGUUUCAUUAGUAUGCAAUAUUUUAUUACUCACCUUCUUAAAAAUUUUGUUUCUUUUUAAAGAGUAUAAUUUAUAGCUGAUUUUUAAAUAAUAUGCGAUUUAAUAUAGCUAACCAAAAUCUUUUUAAUUCAAAGAACUUUGUAAUUACUUGGAGGAUAAGAUCAUUUUACUGUGGAAUGUGAUAUUCUCAGUAAAUACAAUAAAAAUUUUUAGCAAAUUUC